AAAAUGCACGUUAAUGUGUCGAUUUUUGUUGUGUUAACGCGUAAAAAUAUUACGUGUUAACACGGCCAAACUCUACUUGUUAACACGCAUUUUAAUGUCAUGUUAACGCGACAUUAACGCCUCGUUAUUUGCUCAAAUGGCCUUCCAUAUUCCCGGAUGCGCCUGACGCGAGCUUCUGUCUGUUGUCAUCACUGACGCUGUGCACCGACAACGCUGUGCCAUCCUCAGACAGCGCCACAAAACCUUUUUCGUUGCAGACCCAUCCAACAUCACAGCAACGGCUCGACCAGAGAAAGGGGUGAAUAUGCACAUUCCUGCACGUUGAGCAAAAAGAACCAUCUUUCUCAUCCACUGCGGUGAAGGACACCAACGGAGGGAUCUCAUCUUCUGUAAUGCAAAGCGCACACAUUGCUGUUUUUCUCCUCUUUAAUUCUACAAGUAGCUAAACCGGGAUUUGCAAGAAUGCAAAGAAACGCUGGUACAUAAGAGAGAGUUGGAUCGCCCUGAAUAUAGCCUUGGUGUUUACCGAGGGGGAAAAUACAGGAAAGAAAAAAAAAAAACAGAAAACGGACGCUGAACGGAAUAUCGACCGUGGACACCAUCAGACAUAACCCGGUUUCAUCACUUUCCACGGAUCACGCCUCUCGGUCUUCUCGGCAAGACACGAUCCAAAUGAAGCUGAAGGUUGUUCAUAAAAUAUCUCCGUAGCAACCACAGGACUGCGUUUGAUUUCAAGGCUGCUGGAGGUCAUUCCAGGUGAAAAAUCACAACAAACCGUUACCAGUUGGAAAGCUUGGGGCGAUGCUGCCGGCCGUCGAAGCUGCGAAGAUCUAUCAGACCAACUACGUGCGGAACUCCCGGGCGAUCGGAGUACUGUGGGCGAUAUUCACCAUCCUGUUCGCCAUCGUCAACGUGGUGUGCUUCACCCAGCCGUACUGGAUCGGGGAUGGCGUGGACACGCCGCAGGCCGGCCACUUCGGCCUCUUCCACUACUGCGUCGGAAACGGACAGUCUCGGGAGCUGACGUGCCAGGGGAGCUUCACCGAGUUCAGCGCCAUCCCCUCCGCCGCCUUCAAGGCCGCGUCUUUCUUCAUCGGGAUGGCCAUGAUGCUCGUCAUCACCUGCAUCGGCUGCUUCGCGCUCUUCUUCUUCUGCAGCACGGCCACUGUGUACAAGAUCUGUGGCUGGAUGCAGCUCGCGUCCGGCAUGUGCCUGGUCCUGGGCUGCAUGAUCUUCCCUGACGGCUGGGACUCGGACGAGGUGCGGCGGAUGUGCGGCGAGCGGACGGACAAGUACUCGCUGGGCGCCUGCUCGGUGCGCUGGGCCUACAUCCUGGCCAUCAUGGGCGUGCUGGACGCCCUCAUCCUCUCCUUCCUGGCCUUCGUCCUGGGCAACAGGCAGGACGGCCUGAUGACCGAGCAGCUGCUGGGGGACUGCAAGGACAGUGGAAACGCCUAACUCAUACAGGAUGUUGCGGUCCCCAGUAGGGGGCAGCUGCCCGUGGUUCAGAGGACGGCUGCCCACAGCGGUGGGUGGGGGGGGGAGAGAGGGAGUCGAGCCGGAGAGGAAAGGAGGACAGGAGAGGAGUGAUGACUUCAUCAGAGGACCGACAGCACCCUCUCAACCAAAUGUAAAGAAAUUAUCUUCCAGAAACUUCUCUGCACAGUCCUUACCUCACACACACGUGCACACACACAUGCGCACACACAUAGGUGACCUUGUAUAAAAUAAAACCAAACCACCAAAUACGAAAACCACAAGCAUAUUUAUACGUGUACUUCUGAAAACACACUCAUGGUCUAGUCGAUAAAACACAAAAUGUGUAUCCCUUUGUGAAGCCAGUGUCUUGUUUAUGCAUUUGUGCCCAUCCCAUAUCGUACCACAGUCGGUCUGGACUGUAGAACAUCAGCCCAAAUGUGGCAGUCGGUGCUGUGAGGGGGAUGUGGGGUGCAGUCCCAUGUCAGGUGGGGUGUGUCGAGGGGGGGGGAAGGACAAAGAUUUUUCUGGCCAGGGCGAAGUACUGAGUCCUGCAUGCGGGGGGCCGAUCGAUUGUCCCAGCAUUUGACCCUGCAGCGGCCAAUCGGAUCUAACAGA